AUGCUACUGGGGGAGGCGAAGCAGGGCAGAGUGCCCCACCCCCCAGAGGGGGACUCCCAGGACGGCAGAGAAAAGGGGAACAAAAAGACGAACCAAAUUAUCAACGACAUUUUCCAGCUCGAACUGAAAGACAUCCUAAAAGAUGUCUCCAGUGAAAAAAAAAUAAACGACACCAUCGAUUUUGUAAAUGACCAAAUAAAUACACUAGACAAUUUUAUCAACGAUAUAGCAAAGGAGAAAUAUGAGUACUUUUACAAAUAUAUUAAUCAAAUGAGCAAUGCGAGGAAGGUAAAAAAGUGGAACUCCCAAAAUUUAGAGGAUGUAGGGGGGAGAUAUAAGUCAAGUUACGAAUCGCUGAGGGAGAAAAAGAACAAAGUUCUCUCCUUAAUUAGCGAGAAAAGGUGUUUAAUAGAAAUUGAGAAAAUUUUAAAAUUAUACCAAGUUGUUCAUUUGGAGGUAAAAAAACUGUGUGAUGAAAUGAAAGAGAACAACCUUUGGGGGGUCAUUCCAACGGAUGUGAUAGAGCCAAGUGUCUCCAAGAGAGAACCAUUCGAUGUGCAUGACCUACGUCAAAGUACCCCCAGCAGGAGUGCCAAUGAUGGGAAGUACGCCAAUCUGCUGACCUCCCCCAACUUUGAUUCCCUGGAGAGUUACUUAAAACGGAUAAGCAGCAUAAAACGGUUCAUUUGGCAGCAUAGUGUGCAAAAUAUAUCCAUCGUGGAGGUGAAGGUAAAAAAGAUGAAGGCGUAUGAGGAUGGCAUAAUAAAUCUGUUCGUGCAGUAUCUGUCGGGUGAUUUUUUUAAGGACGCGAAUCACGAGAGGAAAGUAAAGCAGUGUUUAAAUGCUUUUAAAAGUGUACAUGCCGAAAAGGAGUGUUUAAAAAAAAUAAUGAAGAACAAAAUUGAGGAAGCCAAUCCGCACAUUUUGAAAAUAAAAAAUGGGGGGGAAAACGGAAAAAAAAAUUUAUACACACUUCUGCAGAAUUGUAAAAAUGGCAUCGAUCAGAUGAACUACUUGAAUGAAGUUAUUAAGGAGAAUUACUUGAUAGAGGAGGAAAUUCGGAUGGAAAAAUGGAAAGGGGAAAAAAAAACGGAUGAAAAUAACAUCAGUCAUUAUAAUGCAUGGGAGGACGCACACAAAUGCAACACUGUACAUGUGUACACAGAAUUUUACCUGCCCUACGUUAACUUACUAAUAAGCAGCAAAAUAAACCAACUGGUGAGGAAGGAAGACAUGCUAUUUGUUCUAAAUUUAAUAGGAGAAUUUGUGCACAUUGUUCAGAGGAAGGUUGAUAUGAAGGGGCACGAAAAAAAAGAUGUCCUUUUAAAUCUGUUUAGCAGAGAAUACGAAGAAAUAACUUUCACCUCAAUGAACAAACUUAUCAACUUAGUGGAACUUCUAUUCCAAAAGGGAAAUGUAAGAAGCGCCAUGGAAUAUGAAAAUUUUUACAACUUUCCCACCAUUUUUGAUAUUAAAAAUUAUGUACAGGCAUUUUUUAAGGAACUCUUUACGCACGUAUAUUACCCGCACAUUUUUCGAAAAAUCAUCGUUUCUUGCAAUAAUUCGCUCCUCCUGCUGAGCAACAAUUUGAACAACUUAAAGCAAAAUGUUAAUGUGCUCAUCGAAAUGGAUGCGAAAGGUAAAUUCGUAGCCAUCAAUUUUGUUGCGAAAAAGCUGAAGUAUAAUUUGGAGCUUUUCCUCAUCAGCAGGCAGCUUCUGCGGUACUUAGUUUGUUGCUUGGCCAAACUGAAGAGGAGAAUUGUGCAGAUAAGAAUGGAGACUUACCGGGGUAGGGGCUUCCCGCAUGGGCAGGGUACAUCCGAUGAAUCCCCAUGCGAUGCGCACCUCUUUGCGGACAGUUCGGCAGCGCUGGAGGAUGGUGACUCCCCGGGGAAGGACUUAAUCACCCUUUCCUUUGACGAAUCAGUUGAGGAAUUUUUCAACGCACAAGACCAUUUAAAUAGUUACUUUGGAGAUGUGGUGCUGCCCCCGGAUGAUGGCAUAAGUGACGAUUUUAUCGAGUGGGAAAAUAAUGGGGAGAAAAAAGAAAAGACGAGAAAAAAACUCGCAGAAAUGAACAUGUCGUUUGAAAGGAAGGACCACAAGGGGGAAAGCGGCAUGUCAUGUGGAGCAGAUCAACCCAGUGGCUCCUGUCCAAAUGGGUCCGAACAAACGAGCAAGUGCGCUGAAAAAAGUGUGGGGACUUUCCAAAUUAGCCUCUUCAGUGAUGCGAAACUGAACUCGCUUCACUUAAACCAUUCGUAUGACAUUAGUGAGGAUGACGGGAAUUACGAAAUUACGCCCUUUUUCAUAAAGGAGAAGGAAAAAAAAAAAGAAAAAAAUUAUUUCGCUUUAAUCGAAUUAGAAAAAGGACUAUACGAGUUGAACAACGUCGUCAAUUCGUGUAUUUACGAAUGCUUCGAACCAUUUGAGAAGAAAUCUAUUUGGUACUUUAAAAAUAAUUGUAGCUUUCUGGGUACCCCUGACGUUUUUUCCCUCUUCGACCAGUUAUGCGUUUCUUUUAACGAAAAAAUUGUGCAUUGUGUACCGGCGUAUGAAUGCAUGCAGAUGAUAAAAAAUUUGAUUAACCGGACGCUCAUUUAUUUAAUCGCUCUGUCGUGUUACUACUUAAUCAGCGGAAUGGACGUGUACCUGUUUAGGUACUACGAAUCACUGCAGAAGGUUGCAAAUGGCGCAACGGAGGCUUCCCUCCAUUACGGUUUGAAGCUGUGCAGGCUUUUUAAGAAGUCGGUUGAUAUGAAGGCCGGGCGGGAGCCCUACGAAGACGUGCCGGCGUUUUUCCUGCCCGUGACGUUCGUGAUUUUUCACGGGGGGCGGGCCAUCGCGGACAGCUUGGGUAUCACGGAGGAUAAAUUCAUCAACCUGCUGAUCGACCACUUGAGGAAUCCGGUGCAGGCAAUGGAUGGGAAGGGUAGCUCCAGCAGCACCAGCAGCAGUCAGAACUUAAGCUUCUUGGUUAACAAAUUUGCCAAAGGUGUGCAAAAAGGGAAGUGAACAAUUUGGAGGGGCCGCAGCUGGAGGGACCGCAAAUGAAGGCGGCGAUGGAGAAGCGGUACGCCCCACGCAUAACGCUUGCCAGGCCCUUCCCACCGUGGCCACCCCUUCAGUUAGUACAAGUACGAAAAAAAUAACUUACGGCGCUCCUCGUUCUGAAAAUCGGAUGGCACAAAAUGCUCAUCAUGCAGAGUCACAACUCGGUCGAGGUUUUCACUUUCGGAGGGCACUUCCACGUAUUUAUAAAAGGAGUGAAUGGCAAUGGUCGGAACUUCGUGCAUUCGGUUUUCAUCAUCGGCAAUCAGUUUGAAAUUGUUCAAGUGGAAGACUAAUUCUUUGGAGUAGUUAAAGAAAAUGGCGCUAACGUUUAAGUUCGCGUUUAUUUUUUUCGCCUCCGUGAUGUAUAUUAGCCUGUUUUUUACGUACAUAUUUGCGUUGUCCAUUACGACGUUUUUGCCGCUAGUAAUGGCCUGUCUGAUCGUUUCUAUGCGUUUAUUUUUUGUUUUCAGUUCCUCUAAAUUGAUGUGAGCAAAAUCUGCGAAGUGGUUUUUGCAAAGGGAGGUUUUCCCGCAC